UCUUAAUCGCAGCCAACUUCACAUCAACGCGUUCUCGGUAUAGGUUUUAGCCAUUAUUUAUUCGCAAUAAAUGCGAAUGCAAUUGCGAAAGUUAAUUUGAUUCGCUACAUUUGCGAAAUAGGACUAAAUUCAAUUGUCGAAAUACAAAACGCACCGAUUUCGCAUAUUAUUUACUUGCUCAGUUCUACGUUUUCUUUCCGCCUCAAUCGUUGUGCGCGACAGUGAGAGUGUGUGUGUGUAUAUUUGUGCGUGACGCGCUGCUGCCGCCAUUCAAGAUUGAAGCAAAAAAAUGGAUUUGGCGAAGCUGGACAAGAUGAAGGUGGUAGACCUGCGUAACGAACUGCAAACGCGCGGUCUCGAUACCAAAGGCGUUAAGGCUGUGCUCAUCGAGCGUUUGCGGGCACAUGUCGAAGGUUCUGCCGGCGGCGGCGAUGGAGAUGGCGCUCCACUGACGCCAAGCCGACGUCAGCGUCGAACGCGCUCAAUGUCGCGCUCACCAUCGCCAGUUGCAGCGGCACCAGUUGCCACCGAACCAGAGCUGGAGACUCUAGAAGAGGAAGAACAUGCUGCAGCUGAGCCUGUGGGCGAAGCUGAUGCUGAUGCAGAUGCCGAGUCGGAGAAGGUGGCAGAAGAGGAGGAGGGCGAUGAGGAAGCACAAGAACAGGAAGAAGAGUCUAAUAAUAUGGAACAGGAUGAACAGGAUGAGGAGACAGAGGAAACAGAUGCAGCUGUAACUGAUGAACAACAAGCAGAGCUGAAUGAAGAUGUGGCCAUGACAGAGGAUGCCAUAGAAAAGGAGGAAGCAGAGCAGGAUGAGUCAAACGACUCCAACCAACAAGAGAAACAUGAUCAAACAGACGAGAACGAUAAACCUGCUGCUGAUGCGGCUGCAGAUGCUGAAGCGGUUGGCGAGAAAGCAGCUCAUCAAUCGAAUGGCGACACUGAGAAAAUGGAUGUAGAUGGAGAAGCUGCCGUUGCCAAGACAGACGAGCAGGAGGACAAGGACAAAGAAAGAGAUCAGGACAAAGAGAAGGAGAAGUCCAAUGAACGACGCAAACGAUCGCACAGUAACUCACGCUCGCGCAGCAGUUCACGUUCUCCAAAGCGUCGGAGCGGCGAAAAGCGCGACUCCAAGGCGGCUGCUGCUGCCGAAGAGCGAACUGUGGCCGAAGAUGAGCCUACCAUGGAGGAGAAUCAAGUGGGCCUCAGCUGGCUUGAUUCGGAUCUGCAUCUGCGAAUCGAUGCAACCAACUUUACAUCCGCCAAGCCUCUGAAUUCGGAGAUCUACUCGCUGGUCUGGUCCGGAGUACGCGCUAAUUACGGCGUACGCGAGGGCAAGGUGUGCUUUGAAGUACGACUCACGGAGGAGUCGGUGCCGGAGAACGCUCAUCAUUUCCGUGAUGAGCCAAAUGUGCGCGGUUUUCGUGUCGGCUUCUCAACGCCAAAGUCCUCGUUGCUACUGGGCGAAGCGGAACAUUCCUAUGGUUAUUGUGAGAACGGUCGUAAGGCCAAUAAUGGCGAAUUUACCAGCUAUGGCAAAUUAUAUCAGCUGGACGAUGUUAUCGGUUGCUACUUGGAUCUGGAGAGCACGCCGUGCAACAUCAAGUACACCCUCAAUGGAGAGGAUCUGGGUAUUGCCCAUGAGUUUGACAAGAGCAUUUUAGGUGAGGAGGACGCACUCUUUCCGCACAUUCUCACCAAGGGCUACGAGUUCACUGUGAACUUUGCUAACGGCGAGGAACUGCUCGUCAAUGCUGAGCGUAAAACCCGCAAGCGUCGUAAGCAGCGUGCAGAGUCGCACAAGGAUGAUGACAACGAUGGCGAAAAGUGGAAGGUGCUCGACGAGGCCACCGCCGAUGAUGAUGAGCUCGAGAAGAAGGACGACGAAGCCAAGCCCGCCGCAACCGAGCAAUCCGAGGAAGGUGACAAGCCUGAGGAUAAGGCUGAGGCAAGCAGCGCCAGUGCCGAGGAAGAGGAAUCCAAGGAGGCCAAGGCCGAAGGAGAGGAAGCGCAAUCAGAGCAGGCACAACCAGCCGAAGCCGCUGAGGUCGCACCGGAUCAGGCCGUCGAACCUGCUGAAGAAGCAGCAGAGGUUCCCGCCGAGACAACAGCUGUUGCCAAUGGCGAUAGUCCAACUGAUGCUGAAAAAGUUACAGAAGAUUCAGAGGUUGCUGAUAAGCCAGAAACUUUAUCCAAUGAGGAAGAAUCAAAGGCCAAAGCAGAUGAGGAGGAGGAAGAGGAUGGCCCAUCGCCAAAUAAGCGUGUCAAAACUGAUUCCGAGACAGAGAAAGCAUCAGCCGAAAAAACAAAACCAGCUGAAGAUGAGUACGAGGAUGUUGUUCCCGUGCCCCGAGAUACUGUCACCCUACUUCCGGACUACAUACUGUUGGCUCUGGUGCCCGUCGAGCAACUGAUUGCCGGACCACGACGCGCUGAGUCGCGUAAACAAUGCGAAGUCAUCUUACUUGUCGGUCUCCCAGGUGCUGGCAAAACACACUGGACACAGAAGCAUGUGUCGGAGAACGCCGAUAAGCGUUACGAGAUCAUUGGACCUGAUAAUAUCAUAGCCAAAAUGACGGUGAGUGUGCCAACAUAGAAAUUAAUUGG